GUGAAUCCAACUUAACUUGGAAGUCCUCCUCUCAGUUUCUUGAGGCAUAGGAGUACAUGGACCUGGUAACAGGAGUUUGUGAUUUGUGUUCUCACGAGGUACCACAGCACCACAGUACCAUUACAUGCGAAGGUCCUCCUCAUGGAGCAAGGUAUCGAAGCUCGCCAUGAACUCGAAGCGCCAGCGCCGUGAGCGCCGGUGUGUCUUGGCACGGCUGUGGCAUGGUGCCAAGGGCUGCGAAUCCCACCGAAGAGUCGGUGAGCUGCGGAUCAGCUGGACUCAGCUGGCAGCCUGUGGUUUUUUUCGCGAAUGCCCCUUCCAGGAGACUGAGAGCUCAGUCGCGGAGCUUUGUGCCUUGAUUCCCGCCACUGCGCGAUUGAGCCGUGGUGCCCGAUGCCUUUUGCCACAGGUCUUGGCAUGGCUGGGCAACCAUGGGCGUUUGCCUUUGGGUGUCGCUGGCGUUUUCUCCGACAAGGACAUGCGACCAGUGAAGCUUGCGCUCACACAGAAACGCCGUGAGCGGUGCUAUGAUGCUGUUGUGGCGGUGAGGUUGUUGGCCUUAAGCCGCUUUUUGCUGUGUGAAAAGCUCCAGGAGGUGGUGGAGAGGUGGAUUUGGCGCAGCGGCUCUGUGGCGCGGAAGGCAGUGGCCUUGCAGCUGCUGGAAGGUGAGGGGAAGGAAGCUCUGGGCCUCCGAGAUCUUCAGCUGGGCCUGAUGGCUCGCAAGAGCUUGGCAGAUGGUUUGGAGGCGCUGCCACGGAAGCGCUUACGCUUAGUGGCAGAGGCUCAGCAACUCUUGCAGGAUGAGAAUCACAAGGUGAGGGAAUGUGUCCUCUAUGCGUUGGGCACCUCGGGCCCUACGGCUGCAUCACCUUGUGCCGAAGCUAUGGUGCUUUGUUUGGAGGAUGACUGCGCUGAUGUCCGUGGCCAGGCUGCCAGGUCUUUGUGCUUGCUUGCAUCUGAAGCAGCCAGUGAUGAGCAUUUCAACCCCACCAAGAUAGCUAAAGCGGUUGCUCCGUUGAUGUCGCACCAUCAUGGCCAAUGCGUCGUUGAUCGUGCUGCCGAAGGCUUAGCAAGACUUGGUGAUGUCUCGGCUCCUUUGGUGACAGAGUACCUGGUGGACGGCGAAGCCUUGGAGCGGCAAGCAGCGGUCGAGGUCUUGAGGAAAUUGGGUGAGCCUGGCAUCCAUCAAGCUGCUUCCUUGAUGAGUCAUAGUAACCCUGGUGUGCGCCGCGCUGCCUUGCGCAUCUUUCAGGGAUCCAAUUGUGAUGUGCUGACUGUGCUUCCUGGCAUCGACAAAGACAUCGGUGCUCUCAUGGAUGAUCCUGACUUCCGCGUGCGCGGUGUGGCGGCCUUGGCUUUGUGUCACCUUGGUCCCGAAGCUACCAUGCCCUUUGCGUCAACUUUACUCAGUAGAUUCAACAUGAAUCCCAAAGCAGCAGAGCUACGGGAUUUGCUUGCGGCCCUGGCAUCUUUAGGAAGGAGUGCCAGUUGGGCUUCCGAAGCCGUUCGGGAUUGCCUUUGGGCAGAGCAGUGGUCAGUGCGCCGAGCAGCUGCUGAAACCUAUGGCGAGAUUGCCGGGACCUUUGAAGCACAGCGGGAUGAAGUGACAGUGACGCGGGAGGCAGCAGUGCGCCUUUCCAAAUUGCUGAAGGACCACGUUGUUGAUGUCGCCGAGAGUGCAGCAAAAGCGCUGGGAUGUUUGGGCUUUGAAGGAGCUCGCCAUGCUCAAGCCAUUGCCCAUUGCUUGGACGAUGACUUUGGACUGGCUGAAGCCGCCUUGGUUUCUCUCUUGAAGCUGUUAGGCCAUGAGUGCUUUGCAACAAAAGAAGCUGCUGCUGCUGGCAUUGCACUACACUUUAAAGGAGGAGGGCAGGCCUCUCCCCGUGCCAGAGCCUCGCUAAUCGAAGCACUCCUACGAGAAGCAAAAUCUGAAGAAAGGAAUGUGCGUGAAGAAUCUAUCCAAGCCUUGGGAUGCCUCUGCGCGCGGGAGCAGAGGCCCAAAUGGCAGUACUGCAUCCUCAAAGAAGUGAUGCUGGCCCUGGAUGAUGUCCAGCUGAGUGUGAAGCGCUCUGCAAUUGAUGCCUUGGGCAGAUUGAAUUUACCUUCUGAGGGGGUGGAGCAGCGUGAAUCCACCCUCAAGAUGCUGACAUCAGUCUGGGCUUCUGAUGAGUCCCUCGCGCCAGCUGCAGCGGUACGCGCGGCAGGCUUUGGAGCGUUGCAGCGUCUCUUUCCGCGAAGGCGAAGUGCUGCUGGCUUUGCGAAGUGCAGAUGUGAGGAAAAAAGGAAUCGCCACGACAAUGCAGCAUUUAUUUGUUUGCUGUAUUAUAUUCACUUGCACUUACACUUUUUGGCGGACAUGUCAUUUUUUUUUCGAGAUGCUCGGGCUGAUGCUCGGGUUUGUGACUGCCCUGCUUUCCUUUUGCUUUGCUGCUUGAAGGUGCCAGCAGCUCCCUUCAACCCUUCACUCACAAUCUGAGGUCGCGGACAGUAACUACCUCAA